AUGAGAAGAAACAGAAACACGUCGCUAGACACUGCGGUGACAGAUUUCAUUCUCCUAGGCUUGGCUCACCCCCCAAACCUAAGAACCUUCCUCUUCCUGGUCUUCUUCCUCAUUUACAUCCUGACACAGCUGGGAAACCUGCUCAUUCUGCUCACUGUGUGGGCUGACCCCAAGCUGCAUGCCCGUCCUAUGUACAUUCUUCUAGGUGUGCUCUCAUUCCUGGAUAUGUGGCUCUCCUCGGUCAUUGUUCCUCGAAUUAUAUUAAAUUUCACUCCUGCCAGCAAGGCUAUCCUAUUUGGUGGCUGUGUAGCUCAACUGUAUUUUUUCCACUUCCUAGGCAGUACUCAAUGCUUCCUCUACACUUUGAUGGCCUAUGACAGGUACCUGGCAAUAUGCCAGCCUCUUCGCUAUCCUGUGCUCAUGAAUGGAAAAUUAUGCACCAUCUUAGUGGCUGGAGCUUGGGUAGCUGGCUCCAUCCAUGGGUCUAUUCAAGCCAGCCUGACCUUCCGGUUGCCCUACUGUGGGCCCAACCAGAUAGAUUAUUUUAUCUGUGACAUUCCUGCAGUGUUGAGACUGGCCUGUGCUGACACAACAGUCAACGAACUUGUGACCUUUGUGGACAUUGGGAUAGUGGCCGCCAGUUGCUUCAUGUUGAUCCUGCUGUCCUACGCCAACAUAGUUCAUGCCAUCCUGAAGAUACGCACUGCUGAUGGGAGGCGCCGUGCCUUCUCCACAUGUGGCUCCCAUCUCACCGUGGUCACAGUCUACUAUGUCCCCUGCAUCUUCAUCUACCUUAGGGCAGGCUCCAAGAGCCCCUUGGAUGGAGCCGUUGCUGUGUUCUACACUGUUAUCACUCCAUUACUGAACCCCCUCAUCUACACCCUGAGAAACCAGGACGUGAAGUCUGCUCUGAAGAGGCUAAGAGCAGGAAGAAGGACUGUGGGUGGAGAGAAGUAG